GAGAAGAGCUGCACAUGACUUGAUAAGAAUCAAAGUUUGGGGCCACCACUCUUAUUUUCGCACAAAUUGGUGUGCUGUUUGUCUCCUCUCAUUAUAGGAGCUAUCCUCAACCAAAUAACGUGUAUGAGGUGUCCUUGGAUAGCUUUUGAAGUCUAUUUUUAUAAUUGAGUGGUCUCAGUUCGAGAGGAGAGAGUAAUCAUCCAAAAAUCGAUCUGGAACGAGCAGUGGUCUGUGAACUCGAGCUGUGAGAGUGCUGAGACUGUUUGGUUGAUAUCUCGAGUUUUACCAGUCCAAUUAAAGCGUGUGAGAUACCAAAAGAAAGCUCUAAAGACGAGGAAUCCGUGAAGGUCUGGUUUGCAUCAAUCGGAGUAGAGGAAGGCUUCCAAAUCGCCCGAGCAGAACGCGACCUCGCAGGAACGGAUUUACUCUUCUAAGAAUCGAGUUAGCCGGAAAACACCCGUUCUAGGGGCUGUUUUCGUAUCAACGGUUAGGGGUUGAAUUAGCAACUUGAGGAAGCUGUUUAACACCCAUUUUCAAGCAAGGAACCAGUUCUCAAUCUUCCUUGGCCGAGGCUUUGGUCAUUGGAUCGAGAAGGAAAGUUUUAAAGCUCAUUUGAGGUUGAGGCUAGAGCUUGCUUCCUGUGCUCGUUGCUCGAGUGAUCAUCUAGGAGGGAAGACUUGGUUCGUGCUUCCUCCAUUCGGUUUUUAAACAUUAAUAAACAUGCUCAUGGAUAUUUUACAAUGGAGCCUGCGUGCUCAUGAAUAGCCAUGUGUGGCCCUUUUGUUUUAAACAAUGUUUUCCGCUGCGUUAUGAAUUACUUAUUAUGUUUGUUUAUGGAUGGUUUAUGUGUGAAUGAUAUUCAAGACGCUUUGUAUAAUAUGAAUGUGUUGAACUGUGGUUGACUAUUCGUAUUGUACGGCGGGUUGUUGACGUGUCCGGGGAGGUCCGGGGCGUGACAAUUAAGUUGGUAUCAGAGCCUUAGUCCAUAAACUUCAUAAUGAAGUCUCAAAAUUCUCUUUUUGAAGAUAUUUUGAAAACCAUGAGCAUAGAAGUUUUGUACUUGGAGAGCUUUUGGUACUUGGGUUGCAAGGUCUCUAAUUGUUAAGAUGGUACCCUUAGCAAUUGGUAUGGCGGUGACUCGAGCCAAAAUGUGUCUUAAGUACCUAUCCGUCAAUUGACAUUUGAUACGAGUCUAACGACUCUUUCCAAAUUUCUUUCAGAAAUGGACCGUGGUGGCAGGAUUACUAGGAGAAACCCGACGGGCCGUGUACCAGUGGAGACUGGACAGGGCAGUCGAAGGACCUCUAGGGCAUCUAGAGGAGCUGGCCGUGGAGGCCGAUCACAGACCGUGAGUGACGGUCAUGUUGACACAGAAAGUGAAACCUACUGGUCCUAUGAGGACUCGACUUACCAACCGGGGACCGAGCCGGUUGAGACCCCUUACGAAGGGGAUGACGAUGAUGUAAGUGAUGAAGAGGGGGAGAAUGACUCCCUAGCAAGAAUCGAGGCGCUGCUCCAACAAUAUCAGCGGGAGCGCGAGGAAAGGAGGGAACGCCGGAGGCGCCGGGGAGGGCGAACUUCGGGUGGGGCUUCAAGAGGAAGGAGCCAUGGCGAUUCUCGGGCCCACAUUGAACCACAUGGGGGCCGGGGUGAUGGAGGUCCAAUCAUAAGGAUCUCCAAGUACAUCAAAGAGGCACGAGAUUUGGGGUGCAAACCCUUCAACGGAGCAGGCGACAUCUCGGUCGCCGCGGAAUGGAUCAAGAGGUUGAACGAGGCAGCCCUUGAUAUGCAACUCACCCCCGAAUUUAAACUAAGGGUGGCGGUGAGAUUGCUUGAAGGGAUGGCAUCCACAUGGUGGGAUGGAGCCAAGGGAAAGUAUGGCAAUACCGUGACUUGGGAGAAUUUCCGACAGGAGUUCUUUGCCCAAUACUAUUCUGAUUUUGAAGUGAACGCUAAAAGGAGAGAGUAUACCCUCCUAACCCAAGGUGGCAAAAUGACGGUGAGGCAACUUGAACACAAAUUCAGGGAGCUCGCGGAGUUCAUACCGGAGUAUGUGUGUGACGAGAACCGGAUGGUAAAUCACUUCUGGGAUGCCUUAGACCUGGAGGUGCGUGAGAGGGCAACACAGUUGCCUAACAUGACUUUUAGCCAAGUGGUCGAGCAAGGGUUGAAAGGAGAGAAAGAAUGGGAAGAGAGAAAGUUGAAAAACGCCGAAGAGGCGAAGAAGAGAAAGUGGGAGAACCAUGGACCUCAAGGUCCUAGCAAAAAGGGGAACCAUGGGGGAGGGGGAUCUUUUCGGACACCCCCACUGCCAUCUAGGGGAAGUCAAGGCCCGGGCGGGCAAUCACAAGCCUCGGGGGUGACUCGUUGCAAGAAUUGCAAGAGAAACCACCUGGGGAAAUGUCGUGACCCUCCUAGAUGCUACCAAUGCGGAAACACCGGGCACUUGAAGAUGAAUUGCCCACAAUUGGGUGGGGCAAGGUCAUCGGGACCAAGUAGUGGUAAUACCGGGACACGGAAUCAAGCCGGGACUUCACAAGCGUCCAGGGGGCAAGGGGGAGCAAGCACAAGCAAUGCGCCGUCCGUGAAUCAAGGAAGGACUCAAGCUAGGGUCUACGUGAUGACGGAGGCGGAUGCUCAAGCUAACCCGGAUUCCGUUGCAGUUCGAGAGGAGAGAGUAAUCAUCCAAAAAUCGAUCUGGAACGAGCAGUGGUCUGUGAACUCGAGCUGUGAGAGUGCUGAGACUGUUUGGUUGAUAUCUCGAGUUUUACCAGUCCAAUUAAAGCGUGUGAGAUACCAAAAGAAAGCUCUCAAGACGAGGAAUCCGUGAAGGUCUGGUUUGCAUCAAUCGGAGUAGAGGAAGGCUUCCAAAUCGCCCGAGCAGAACGCGACCUCGCAGGAACGGAUUUACUCUUCUAAGAAUCGAGUUAGCCGGAAAACACCCGUUCUAGGGGCUGUUUUCGUAUCAACGGUUAGGGGUUGAAUUAGCAACUUGAGGAAGCUGUUUAACACCCAUUUUCAAGCAAGGAACCAGUUCUCAAUCUUCCUUGGCCGAGGCUUUGGUCAUUGGAUCGAGAAGGAAAGUUUUAAAGCUCAUUUGAGGUGAGGAUCGACAUCUAGUUGCUUACAACUUGUAGGUUAAGCAUGAGAUUACCUAAAUGCCUAAAUCAUGUUUUCCAUGGAUUAUUAUGAUAAAUUAUUGAUGAAAUAUUGAUCUAUUUUCCAAAGAAUGAAAUGGGAAGUGAUUUGGUAAAGUAUUGAUAAAAAUGGAGUUAAAUGAACUAUUGUGUGAAAUAGGCAUUUACUCACAUGUGAAUUGUGUAGAUACAUAAAUGGUUAUUUAUGUAUUACAUUGAAUGAUUAAGUUGCUGCUACAUAUCUCUAAAUAUGUAGGGUUUUACAAAUGGAAUAUAUGAUGGAUAAGAAUAAUCUUAAUAGUAUUGAAAUACUAGUUAAUGAUUGUUGUAAUUGUUAAGGGAAUUGAAUCUAAGGAUUUGAUUAUAAUUGAUGUACUUGAUUGUGAUGCAAGUGACAAAUUUGAUGUAAUGUGAUGCUAAGACCAUGGUUGGGCAGUCCGUAGGGAUGUCCCAAAAUAGAUUAUUGAUAUUACAAUUCUAGGCAUAGUGAGUGCUUAGGAAUUGGGGUCUAUGCCAAUGUAAGGAGAUGUACUUGAGCCCGUGCUCAUAGAAUUGCAUUGGGUAGACAUGAUGAGGUGAUUGUUGUGCAUGGUGAUGUAGUCGAGUUGGACUCGAGAAAUGCACGGUGGAGUAGUUAGCUUAUGUUAAUUAAGGUGCAUGGUGAUGUAGUCGAGUUGGACUCGAGAAUGCAAACAUAUGUGUUAGGGUUGAACCCUAUGUAUUGUUGUGACUAGGGGUCACGGGGUUUUGGGCUAUGUUUGAUAAACAAACCUUGGGCCUACGGGCCGACUACUUGACUUUAUAUAUAAAGUAAGUAUAUUUUUGAAAAGGGGUAACUUGGGGUUACGGCCUAGAUUAUAUUAUCACCCUAUUUGAGGGUCUUGUGUUUGAAAUACUUGUUGUAUAUCUAUUAGAUGCCAUCCACACCAGCACUUUAUAGCCCUAUAGAGUGCUGACCCCUUCGGGGGCGUCCCACUACCAUUUUUCAGGUUGAGGCUAGAGCUUGCUUCCUGUGCUCGUUGCUCGAGUGAUCAUCUAGGAGGGAAGACUUGGUUCGUGCUUCCUCCAUUCGGUUUUUAAACAUUAAUAAACAUGCUCAUGGAUAUUUUACAAUGGAGCCUGCGUGCUCAUGAAUAGCCAUGUGUGGCCCUUUUGUUUUAAACAAUGUUUUCCGCUGCGUUAUGAAUUACUUAUUAUGUUUGUUUAUGGAUGGUUUAUGUGUGAAUGAUAUUCAAGACGCUUUGUAUAAUAUGAAUGUGUUGAACUGCGGUUGACUAUUCGUAUUGUACGGCGGGUUGUUGACGUGUCCGGGGAGGUCCGGGGCGUGACAGAAAAUGAGUAAAGUCAUCUUCG